AUGUGCGCGAGUGGCGGUGAUACGGCUGCGUCUGUCACCGGCAGAUACCCUGGGGCGGUCCUCACUCCCACGUCUGGCCACACCGCGAUGCCUGUCUGGUGGGCGAGGCCGACUUGUGUUCAGUGUAUCCACCGCCUCCCGGCAUGCCGGCGGGCAGCUGCGACUACGUCGUCGGUGCGCUCGGCUCUUCCCGACGCCGGGCCAGGACUACGGUGGCGCAUACCGGGAGAAACAUCCGAACUGGAACGGGCGGCGGUCUCUGCCACACGUGGGUGGGUUGAAGGCCACGUUCCCGGUCUGCAGACACUCGUCGUCUCUUUUACGGACUACUUGUACGAGGACCACAUAACGCGCCCGGCAGCUCGACUGCCCGAGCUCAAGGCCAUGCUGCUUGAACCCUUGGCUGAUGCGUUCGCCCCGUUAGCGUCGACCCAGAAACAGCCCUUCGUGGUGGAGCUGCCGAUCGCCGUCUUCGACGACCUUAUCCACCUCAAGUGCUUUGCCACGGAGGCCCGCGAACACCACUUUGUCGAGGGGUGGGAAUGGCUGCGGUACCCGAUAGCACGCAGCGACAAGGAGCUGUUCUACUACAUCAAGCAGGGCACGGAGACCGGUCUGUUCUGGGAUUACCAGGGCAGACCUGGGAACUAUGGGCACCAUUCAGGACAUUUGGUUCUUAGCUAA